AUGGCUCACACGGGUGCCGCCACGGGUGCCUCAAAUCGAACAAUUGCUGAAAUGGAUAGAGAAUUUGAUGAGCUUGCCUCUGCUUUAUCCAAAGAUCCAAGGGACCAAUUGACCUCUGGUAUAGGUGAAAUAACAACCAUGUUACGUUCGCGUGGCUCUCGAACUGACAAUGAACGUGAUCAAUUUGAUUCAGAUGUGGCAAAGGAUGAAAAUAAUCAAAUAAAUGCUGCAACACACAACACUAAAGGACUUGCUAAGAGUGGAAGAAAACUUACAAUUAACAAUCAACUUCACAAGAGAAGAGCAAAAGGAAAGCAUAUUGAUAUAAAGUUCCCUAAAGAAUUUGCAAAAGUGUGUGGAGAACAUGCUAGUUUAUUUAAAAGUGAGAUAACAGUUCUUAUAAGAACUGUACCACUCCAAGUGAAGAAGUGGAGGGACAUGGAUAAGUUUCAUCCUGGUACUACUACAUCUAUUUGGAGAAAACUGAAGCAAAAGUUUUCUGAGCUUUCAGAAGAAGAUAAAGAUUGUGCCAUGAGACAAGUAGAGAGUCAAUAUAAUAAUCGGCGUUACCGUCUACUUCAAGCUUACCGAAACAACAAGCCAAGGCCACAACAUGUCUCACCAGAAGGUUGGCAAUGGUUGAUAAGGAAUUUGUGGACGGAUGAUGAUUUUCAGAAAAGGAGCAACCAAAACUCUAUCAACAGAGGAAAGCAAGAGAUGGGGUCCAAAGUAGGAACUAGAUCAAUUGCUCAAAUCGCUUACGAUCUGCGAGACCCAGAAACUGGUGAAUGGUCUACUGCUAUGCAAGUUUGGAAGGCUACAUAUCAAAAGGCUGAUGGGACAUGGUCCAUUCCAACGGGUGAAGAAAUAAUGACCAAACUACAUGAAGCAGCUAGGAUACAUCAAGAAAAGAUUUCUUCUGCACCCAUGCCAAUAGUGGAGCACUUCGCAUUAGUUCUUGGUCGAAAGCCAAACCAUUCACGUGGUGUUGGCAUUCGUGCUGUGAACCAAGUGGCUGAGGAAAGAAUCAGAUUGCAAGCGCAAAUUGAGGCUUCAGAACAGCGUGAAGCUGCAGCUCAAGCACAUGCAGAUGCUGCUGAGAAACGUGCUGAGGCUGCUGAGCAACGAGCACAAGCUUUGGAAGGCCAAGUUUCCAUGGUGGUCGAAACAAAUGCACAACUGCAAGAAGAGCAGCAAUCCCAAUGUGAUGAGAUGAGUUCUUUGCGUCAAGCACAGAGUGGAGAAGUUGCUCGCCUAGUGAGAGAACAACUUGAUCAUCAGAUGGCUGCAUUAAUUGCACGCAUUGGUGCCUCGCAGCCUCCAGCAUCUUAG